AUGUCUUCUGAUACGGCUGAGGACAAGGCUGCUAGCCAGUCCCUGACUCUGACCACACCCCUCGACCUACCAUCUGUGGAGCAGGUUCUCUCUGGGUUUCCAGAGCUACCUACUUCGCUGCCAAAUCGAGGAGAUGUGGAAAUUGAGCUGGAAGAACAACUAGAACUGUUUCAAACCUUGAGGAAUUCUAUUGAGACCGAAGCAGGCGACAGUCGAGAUGUUCAAUCUUUACAGAGCGUGUAUUCCACUCUCCAGAAGCUUUGGGCAUGCAAUUCCCAGCUACUGAAUCAGGCAACUGAGGUCUUAGCCAACGGGAGCCGAGAUUCAUCUUGGCGCAUUCUAUUUGGCCAGUCUGGAAUUCUCAACUUCUUCUUGGAGGUGAUUUCUUCGAGAAAGCAGGUUGACUCCAGCCUGCUUCUGCAUGCGUUGCGCUUGGUUGGCAACUCAUGUGCUGAUACAGACGAGAACCGGGAAAUUGUUGUCAGUGGCAAGUACACCAGCACUAUUGUUCGGCAUUUUCUGAACCCAGAUUUGAUCCAAGUAGCGAUCCCAGUGAUCUAUAACAUUUGUAUGGAUUAUGAGCCUGCGCACUCUCAAAUGGCUGAAAACCGGACGGCAUACAUCAUAUUGAAGCUCCUCAAUGAUAACGUCAUUCAGGAGAGCAGUGGUUUAUUCAGCUUCUCAUAUGAUCUUGUCGAGUUGGCUUCAGAGCAAGCGCAAGGUGUUGAGAAUUCUCCUGAUGGAAUAGUCUUGCAACUCAUUGAACUGGCUCUUAACGAAGACACCACCUUCGAGCACUACUCAACUUUGGUCGGCUGUCUAGCCAUGUACCUGGAAAAAGAACGUUUCCAGACUGCUUGUGUCACAAAUGCCCUGGUCGAGAAGAUGCUCUCUAUUCUACAGCGAUCCUUCUCCUUCAAAAUUGAUCCAUCUUCGAAAGAGGAUACUCAAGCACUUGCCCAAUCCCGCCUCAAGAUCAACCAAGGUCUAGCCGAGAUUUCUGCCUCGCCAUUGUUCGCAGAAUACUACCCUCUCGACUCUGCCAUCGCUCAAACACUGAAGAACUGGAUUGUGGCCAAUGAGGACCAACUCCAGAUCUGUGCCUGCGUCAUUCUAGGAAAUCUAGCUCGAUCCGACGAAGUUUGCGAGGUGAUGGUGCGGAAGUUGAAGAUCCACGAGGAAUUGAUUUCCGUGCUGAAAGGUCAAGCCCGUGGCGCGGUUCUCCAUUCUGCUCUGGGGUUCUUGAAGAACCUAGCCAUUGCAGGUGACAACCGUGUCAGUCUCGCAAAAGCGGGUAUCAUUCCCGCUGUCGCCCACUUGUGGACCUAUGAAUCAGUUCCUCAGGUCCAAUUUUCAGCUGCAUCCAUUGUGCGCCAGGUCACCAUCGCAUCCAUUGACAACAUCUCCCUUCUGCUAGCUCCACUCUCAGGGGACGUAGAUUCACCCGAUCACAAACGCACAUACCUCUCUCUUCUGCUGUCUCUCUUUGAGAAGACUGACUCUGCGCCUAUCAAGACUGAAAUUGGUCGCACAGUUGCCUCUAUUUGCCGGACUGUCAGCCCCAAAGCCCGUGAUGGAGAUGAACACGCAGCUUUGCUGCUUGGUAGACUAUACAGCCUGCAUGAGGAUGUUGCUCGCCCAGUCGGUGAAAUGAUUACUCAGACGCAAUGGCCCGUUGUUCGAAGCGAGGGAUGGUUUGCCUUGGCUCUCAUGGCAACUAACAAGGCAGGAUGUGUUGCUGUGGCUGACUGUCUAAAAAAUGAAGAAGUAAUGGGGCUUCUCAAGACGACUAUUCGCGGGGAGACUCCUAGCGGUGACGAGGUUAAAGAGGAUAAGGAGAAAGACCUGGUUCAAAUUACGAAGGAUCGCGACAAUGCAUUCGUCCUUGCGCAGGAGCUACUAAAGAACGAGUCUGGUGCACUUUCAGAAGAUGAUCGAAGCAAUAUUGAAGAUCUGACAAAAGAUCAUCUGUCAUGCCAUUUUCAGAACACUCUAAUCUGA